CAUCACUGUGACCAGAGACAGGCGGCUACUGUAUCGCUUCAUGUCUCCUGCUGCAUGGACCAUACCAACAGUGCGGUGAGCAGCGCUAUUCUACUACUAACUACUAACCGGAGCUUCUUACACAUUACCUAGAUGAAGAUGAAUCUCAUGAAAAUCGUUCUUCUCAUUGAAGUUUCUUACGUGGUUGUGCAUGGAGCGGCAGGUGGAUCCCAUCAAAAUGUGUUCAGCAAAGCCACGCAAGACUUUGGGGUCGUUGGCCAACGUCCCCAGCACGAUGACGACAAAAAGCUGUUUAUAACGGAAAAUCAGAUUAUUGAGCCCUCUAAAGAUUCAUCUUCAUAUAAGGCACCUUCUGUGACAAAACCAAAUAAAAAAAGAAGGGGAAAAGGAAGAAAGAGAGACCCUUGUCAGCGAAAGUAUAAGGAUUUUUGCUUUAAUGGGGAAUGUCGAUAUAUAAGAGCCCUGAAGGAACCAUCUUGUAUAUGCCAAGUAGGAUAUUAUGGGGAAAGGUGUCAGGCAUUCACGCUUCGACUGGAGAACCCUUCAGAUUCUUAUGAUCACACUACCAUGUUGGCCGUGGUAGCAGUUGCUCUCUCCUCCUUUUGUUUACUAAUUAUUUCCUCAUUACUAGCUGUAAGGUACCACAGAAGAGGUGCUUAUAAUGUAGAAAACGAAGAGAAAUUUAAGUUGCGAGUUGGUGCAUAAGAGAUUCCGGAUUACAUUCUUGACCAGCUGUAAAUGUUCCUAUUUGGACAAGGCACAACGGAAUGCUGAUUUAUUGAAUGUUGAUGUUUUGGAUUGCUUCCAGUUUAUAUCAAACACUCAAUGAUGAACAUUGGAAUAUUUUUGUAAACAAACCUAAUGCACUUAAACACAUUUAAGUAGCCAUUUUCUGGCUGCAUGAUGUAGAACCUUCAUAAUGAUGUUUAUUCACUUUAGGAUCUAAUUUCUAACUUUUUAAUUAGAUAAUCUAAUUCAACACAUUGUUACAGGAUUCUAUGCAAAGUCAGAGAAUAUGCUUACUUAAGGUGACUUUCUAGUAAAUUUGACUGCCACUUAAAAAUGAUUCCUUACGAUCCAUGGUGCAGCCUUGUUCUGCUUUUUAAGGCAAGGAUUAAUACACUUGGCAAUGAAUAAUGUAUCAAACCAUAUGCUCUUAAGGAGGGUGGAUGAAAUUGUAAUGUAAUUAGUGAAAUAAUUUGGUAAAGGAGGUAGAAACAGAAAUGGGACUAUAGGUAAGGUUUAAUAUAGAACAGAACGUAUUUGGGUACGUCUGUCACAAAGUCUAAGGUAAAGAAGUAAAAUGUGUUGAUGAAGAAAGCUUUCAGUAAGUGGUAUGUGUCCCUCCGUAAUAAGAGGACAUCAGUGUAGGGAA